AUGUCAUUUGACGACUAUGCGUCUUUCAUGGCCCAAGAGAUAGACAGGAUUGCCGAUGAUUCAUCACUUGAAGAUGUAAUUGGAGAAGCACUACCACCUGCGGUGGCCCAAAGAGUCGCACAAGGGCUUCAGAACGAAGUUGAUUUACGUUGCAGGGAAAUUUUCAAUACGCGCAAUCAAGACAUCGUUCUUGCCAAGAUAAAGGAUGCAGAGUCUACGAAGCGUUUAGAGGAAUUAAAAACAAUUAUAGAACUAGUUGGAGAUUUCCCCCGCGAGCGGAUCGGCGAAGACCUUGUCGACAUGGGUACCGAGGAAGCCCCCAAGUACUUUUCCCUGCAAAAUAUCAUGGCUGAUCUUGAAAAACUACCGAGAGUUUCUUUAGUUGAUAGCGACGAUGGAGACGAUGCAGCUCUGAUGCGUGAAUAUGAUGAGUUACGCCAGUCUUUAGCUGAGAAAGCGCAGGUAAUUCGACUGGGCAAGAUCAAACUGCGAAAUUGGCAAUCUCAACUCGACAAACUCGAAUUACUGGUCUCGGCUGUUCGUGAAACUCACGGUAACGAUGCAGAAGCCUAUUUUCGGGAUUAUCGUGAGCGGGUUCUUAAAGAAGCCAAAGAAAGCGCAAUGCUGAUUGAAGAGGUAUUGAAAAAGAAUACACAGCUCUCCCCAGACAAGCGGGAUCUUCUGCUUGAACUGGCUAAGCAGUUCAACUUUGCAUAG